CGUCGUUGACCAGUGACAGUGUUUACUAGUUUGUUUAGUAAGGUUUCUUAUUUCAUCUCCGAUCUCUAAACCCAAUUUCUGAAUCUUCCUCACUCUUUUACUCAGCAUCUCAUUAUUUUCCAUGGCUAAGAGCUCAUUCAAGACUGAACACCCACUCGAAAGGAGGCAGGCUGAAGCAGCUCGCAUAAGAGAGAAGUAUCCUGAUAGAAUUCCAGUAAUUGUUGAAAGGGCAGAGAAGACUGAUGUUCCUGAAAUUGAUAAGAAAAAGUAUCUUGUUCCUGCUGAUUUGACUGUUGGCCAGUUUGUGUAUGUGGUGCGAAAGAGAAUCAAGCUGAGUCCUGAAAAAGCCAUCUUCAUUUUUGUCAAGAACAUUUUACCACCAACUGCGGCUAUGAUGUCUGCAAUUUAUGAAGAAAAUAAAGACGAAGAUGGAUUUCUUUAUAUGACUUACAGUGGGGAGAACACCUUUGGAAUGAUGAGCUGAAGUAAUAAUCCAAUGCAGAAUGUGAAUAGAACUUUAUGAAAAACUGGCCAUUGUGAAAAAGUGAUCUUAAUUGUAAAUUCUGCUGUUUGAUCCGUUUCUGCAAAAGUUUUAUCAGCUGAUCUAUAUGACAGUCUUUAUGUGUAUUGGAACUUAUUUUGCA